GCGAUGACUGGCGCUCGCUCUCCGCGGGAAUGAUCUGAUCUGACGGCUGCGGAGAGUCAGCGGUGCUCUGUGAAGUCAUGGCCGCUCAGUGUGAACCCUUAAGCGGAUACUUACAGCAGUCCGAUCCGGGCUCCAACAGCGAGCGCAGCGCGGAUUCCCCUCUGCCCGUGUCUGAGGAUGACUCCAGCGGACCCACGGCGCCUCCGGACCCCGAGUGGACCGAGGAGAGGUUUCGAGUGGACCGGAAAAAACUGGAGAUCAUGCUAUUAGCUGCCACGGAGGGGCGAGUCAACGGAGGUGAGGACUUCUUUCAAAAGGUCAUGGAGGAGACAGAUACUCAGAUUGCAUGGCCUUCCAAGCUAAAGAUCGGUGCUAAGUCAAAGAAAGAUCCACAUAUCAAAGUUAGCGGUAAGAGAGACAAUGUGAAAGAAGCCAAGGAGAAGAUCAUGUCUGUCCUGGACACAAAGAGCAAUCGCGUGACUCUAAAGAUGGACGUCUCACAUACCGAGCAUUCACAUGUCAUCGGCAAAGGGGGAAACAAUAUCAAGAAGGUGAUGGAGGACACGGGCUGUCACAUCCACUUCCCCGACUCCAACCGCAACAACCAGGCUGAGAAGAGCAACCAGGUGUCCAUAGCCGGCCAGCCAGGAGGAGUGGAGGCCGCCAGAGCCCGAAUUCGGGAGUUACUUCCUUUGGUGUUGAUGUUCGAGCUGCCAGUCAUAGUACAGCUGAACCCUGACCCCAGCUCUCCUGCCAUCCAGCACAUCUCCCAGACGUACAACAUCUCUGUGGCUUUCAAACAAAGGUCCAGACUCUAUGGAGCAACAGGAGUAGUGCGGGGCUCACAGAAUAAUGCUGCAGCCGUGAAGAGGGGCACAGCGGUGUUACUGGAGCACCUCACGGGCAACCUGGCCAGCGCCAUCACGGUCAGCACGCAGCUUGACAUCGCGCCCCAGCACCACCUCUUCAUGAUGGGCCGCAACGGCAGCAACAUCAAGCACAUCAUGCAGCGCACAGGAGCGCAGGUCCACUUCCCAGACCCCAACUGCCCACAGAAGAAAUCCACCGUCUAUGUGCAGGGAACCAUUGACUCUGUGUGUCUGGCUCGCCAGUACCUGAUGGGCUGCCUGCCACUGGUGCUGAUGUUUGAUAUCAAAGAGGACAUCGAGGUGGAACCGCAGUGCAUUACUUCCCUAAUGGAACAGCUUGAUGUGUUCAUUAGUGUCAAACCCAAACCCAAGCAACCCAGCAAGGCCACUCUAACUAGCAUCUUGCUGUCAGGGGUGCCAGGCUACACCCAGAACACUCCGUCCCCUCCACCUGGUCUAGCCCCCAUAGACGCCCAAGUCAACGGAGUAUCAGACUGCAGUAAAGCCGUGUACCCCCUUAGUAGCAAACAACCCAGCACCAUGUACAGCAGAAUGUCUGCAGCGUCUCUGGCAGAUAAAGUUCUGACCGCAGCUCAUGGUGACUCUGUGCAGGAAGCCAGUCCCCACUGCCCUUCUGAACCGCUGUCCAGCAAGUCCAGCCAAGACCGAGGAUCGGAUACGUUUGUGGAGGUGGGCAUGCCUCGAAGCCCCUCUCACUCGGGAAACAGCAAUGAACUGAAGCAGAUGUUGGCGUCUUGUAAGACGACGUCAGGAAAGAGGCAAGCCCUGGAGCUGCUACAGGGCACCAAGAACUCCCUCCUACAUUCAGACUGUCUGUUGUCAGACUCUGACUCCAGCACCUCAGAGAGUCCGCCUAAACAUUCUUUGCUUUCUCUCUGUUCACCUCUACAGGCGUUCGACUACGAGCAAAAGAAGUUAUUGGCAACCAAAGCCAUGUUAAAGAAGCCAGUGGUGACGGAGGUCCGAACCCCUACUAACACGUGGAGCGGUCUGGGCUUCUCAAAGUCUAUGCCUGCAGAAACUAUUAAGGAGUUGCGCCGGGCAAACCAUGUGUCUUAUAAACCUACCAUGUCAACUACAUAUGAGGGGUCACCUCUAGCCCUGUCCCGCUCCAACAGUAGAGAGGGGGUGGCGAGUGGCAGUGACUCGGAUAACUGGAGGGAAAGGAAUGGGAGCGGGCUCCCAGUACACAGCGACUUCCCCUCUCCCAUCAGCCCCAAAAGGAAGCAGAACAAAACAGAGCACUACCUAAGCAGCAGCAACUACAUGGACUGCAUCUCGUCGGUGAUGGGAACUAAUGGCUGUAAUCUCAACACAUCUUUCAAAGGAUCAGAUCUGCCUGAGCUCUUCAGUAAACUUGGCCUCGGGAAAUAUACCGACGUCUUCCAACAGCAGGAGAUUGACCUUCAGACGUUCCUCACGCUGACCGAUCAGGACCUGAAAGAGCUCGGCAUCACUACAUUUGGAGCCCGCAGGAAAAUGCUGCUGGCCAUUUCAGAGCUGAACAAGAACCGAAGGAAGCUCUUUGAGCCGCCCAACAUCCGCUCCUCGUUCCUGGAAGGGGGCGCCAGCGGUCGACUGCCACGCCAGUUCCACGCAGACAUUGCCAGUGUGAGCGGGCGCUGGUGAGCCCAUGCCAAUGCACCAAUGGAUAGCCUGAAACUGCACAAAUUCCCAUUCCCAACUCCAACCUGAUAUACAGUACUGGACCAAAACCCGGACCUUCUGAAACUGUGCCAAAUAAACACAAAAAAAGUCUAUGGAUCAGAGGUUAAGGGUCAAAGAACUGUUGAAUAUUAUAUGCAGUAUGGUACAUUAUGCAAUAUGGUACUCAUGUUACAAUGAAGGAAAUGCAGUGAAUGAUCAUUGGAGCUCCUGCACUGUGCUUGUAUAUGGAUCAGGCAGAUUUUAUUUAUAUGCUUGUCUUAGGCUUCGACAUACUAAUUCUUUGCACUUUAAAAAAUGCUAAAUAUUUUGUCCAUGGACAGAUUCGCCUGACUAGAUGCGCCUGGAUUUUAUUUAAAGCACUUAAAUGGAUAUCAAGCCAAAGUGUUCUGCACAAAUUAUCCAUAAGGGAAGCUUAUCUCAUCCCACAGUGAAAUCACCAGCCUGUUGUUAUUACUUAUGGAUCUUAGUCAGAGUAGACAGCAUAUUGCAUUUGAAAGAAAUGAAAUGGAGUGUACGUCUAUCCCUCACAGGCUUGUUUUCAUUCAGGUCAAAUUAAAAUAGUCUACCCUGACUGAAUUCCACAGUACAUUGUCUAUAUAGUAUUUCUAAACCUAUAAAUAGUUUACUUUUAAAGGGAAAAUGAAAAAUCUACAUUAUUUUAGUAUAUGACUUUAGUUCUUCUAUGGAACUCAAAAGAAGAUACUUCAAAGAAUGUUUCAGCUGUUUUUGUCCAUACAGUGAAAGUUAAUUGAGUGCACUAGUUGGUUCUAGAAGUAUUUUUGCCAUUCAUUUUUUUCCCAAAGGGAUUAUGUAAAAAAAAAAAAAAAAAAACUUAUUUUAAAGUGUUAAAAGCUAGGAACCAAGUCAUUUUUUGUACAGAUGCAUGGGUAAUGUAAUAUUUCACCACAAAUUCUGCUGUUAUAAACAAUUAUUUUAAAAAUGAGUUGAAAAUACAGCUACAACUGGGGUUCAAUCGCUUUAAGGAAUUUGAGCACAUAUGAAAAAAGAUGUAUUAUUAUUUAGCAACCACCCAAAUCAAUGAUUUAAAAGAGCAUUUUCUGGUAAUUCCAGGUAAUUUACCAUAGAAAUAUGACAUUUUUUAACAUUUAUGGCUGUUAUAGCAACACCUAUAGUCCAAUAUCCAUAAAAGUUGGCAUGCCUCUUUAGUAUUAUAUGCUGCAUGGGCUCACCAUAUUUCGUAAAGUUCCGAGUUUUCGUUCAGGAAUUAUAGGCUUUUAGGUAUAUUUGGCCACACCCAUAGUUAACCAAAGAGUAAAUUUCACUUCUUUUUUUUUGAUAAUUAUUGACCUAGAGAGUCCAGAGAAUUGUACUGCAGUGGUUUUGUUGAGAUUGAGCAAAAAAACCUAUAGGACUAGUUCGCAAAAGUAGUUUUUUUUUAAAUAAUCUUGAAUAAUUAAUGAACGAUUUUUUUGACAAUAGUAGUUCUUGAGGAAAAGUUGUUCAGAAUGAGGAGAUCUAACAUAUGAUAUGAAUAUUGUGUGUGUGGGUAAAACGCUGCAUGAUUUCUUGCAAAUUUCUCGCAGACCUUUAGGGCCAUGAGUCAAACAGGCCCACGGCAUUACAUUCUGAUCGGCCUCUGUUAACCCCCAUCUAAUAUGUGAUCACAAUUCAUUGGCGAAUUACGGCCAUGAUUUUCAAGAUAAAUGAACGUGCUCAUAGACAGCGGUGGCACUUUGGACACAGACACUGUGUGUGAAUUUUCAAGUCAAUCAGACUAACGGGUGCAUAGUUAUAGCCAUUUUUAUGUUUUAGUCCUAUUAUAGCGCCACACAGUGGCCAGACUCUUUUUCUCAUGUAACCUCAGAUUGAGGUCUUACAUAUGCAUAUCGAGUUUUGUCUAAAUUUCUUAUUCCAUUGAAAAGUUAUAGCUGUUUUAGGAAAAGUGCCCCUCUUUCGAACGUUUUGGCAUCCCUUUACGACGGUGAGUCGAAAACGAAUUUUUUUUUAUUAAUU